GCCAUGGCGGUCCGAAGCGCACGUUCUUCACCGCGCAACUACAAGAGAUCAUUGCUGAUCAAACAACCAUUUUUCUUGUGUGGGCUACUAUGCACCGGCGAAAGGCCCAACAUACGUUCUGAGCUAAGCAAAGAUCGAUCUCUACACAGCGAUCGACAGGCUGAGAUCAGUGCUUGUUCCUAUUGGGCGCUUGUGGCUGCACCGAGUAGUCUAGGUUUUAUGCAAGUGUGCCACCGACAUCGCGCACACGGUACGUUGUUGUGGGAGCCAGGCUUACAUUUCUUACAUGUGUUUCAGCCUUGCACAGCAAGGCGAGUAUGGCAUCAUGUAUGACCAUUCUUUCCUACCCCCUCGCUGCUGCAUUUCACUCUCAUUCUCCGCUGCGGAAGCGCUCGAACAGUACCUGCGAGCUCAACACGGACGUUGGUCGCCAACAGUACGAGCCGGUAGAUUCUGGCACUGAGCUUGGCCACAUCGGCUCUGAGAUCGACUACCGUGGCCGAAGAUCUGAUGACGAUUUCGAUACGACUGCUCUUAGAAACGCAGGGGUGGAAAACGUGAAACGUCCGCACAAUAUCUUCAGAUCUCCGAAGAUUCGGUUACCUGUCCGUCUUGAAGAACAACUUGGGCCAAAAACCCGGCGAUUCAAACUGUUCGCUGGUCUCUUCGCCUCCUUGGCUGUUUUCAUCUGCAAUGUUGCUUUUUUGGUCUACGGCGUACUCAAAACCGGCACAGUGCACGGCGGUAUUGCUAUGCUGAUGCGGGGCGAUUUGGACACCGUGUCACGCAUAAGUACAACGUUGCAUAUCCUUACCAACGCUCUAAGCACGAUCCUUCUCACCUCGAGUAACUACGCGAUGCAACUCCUCUGUGCUCCCACACUGGAUGAGAUCAAUUACGCGCACAAGAACGGACUAGGCUUGAGAUUGGCCUCAUGGUUUAUCGCGAUCUAAGGCACAUCAACAGGAAAAGAACGAUCAUCUGGUGGUUGCUUGCAAUCAGCUCCCCACCAUUGCACCUUUGUUACAACCCAGCCAUUUUCCAGGUUACAAGUGGUCAGGACUAUGACAUCACAGCCAUAACAGACCAAGAAGAGUCCUCUGUAAACGAACCCUGACUGGACCAGGAUCUACGACGAGAGUUACGUUUCUAGUUUCAGUGAUCUGCUUCUGGUGAUUAACAAUGCGUCUUCCAAUAUAACGGUCCAUUCCAACUGGUCUGUCACUUUCGCAUUUCCGACCUUCAGUUUCUGCAAUUAGCAGAGUGCCUACAACGCGGAGAUCAGCAUACCAACGG